AUGUCGAAAAGAACAGCUGAACCCCAUGAAGGCCCCGAGUCCUUGAAAGCGGGACAGCGACCUGACUCGGGUGCGAAUGGAGAAGUAACACUGGACUUCGAGGAUGAAUUCGAAGAUGAAUACGAGUCUGAAGAUGAGAUUAUGGAGGCUGGCGUUGAUGGGAGACCAGAUGCUGAAAGAGAAGCUGAGCAGACACAAGACGCCAUGGAUGUGGAUACGAAAGAACAGACAUUCAUUCCCGGCCGAUCAAUACUGCAGCCGGGCAUGUCGUUAACUCCCGAUCCCUCUACCUAUGAAAUGCUCCACGUCAUGUCGACAACAUGGCCUUGUUUGUCCUUCGAUGUUGUACGGGACAAUCUGGGUGAUGAACGCAAGCGGUAUCCUCGGACAUUAUACGCUGUCUCGGGUACGCAGGCCGAGUCAGGAAGAGCCAAAGAGAAUGAAUUGUACAUUUUGCGGCUGAGCAGUCUGUCAAAGAUGGAUCGUGGGAACCAAACAGACUCCGAAAGUGACAGCGACGACGAUGACGAUGAAGGUUCUUCGGAGCCGGUGCUUGAGUCGAAGUCCAUCUCCCUUCCCAGCACGACGAACAGGAUACGGGCCUUUCAACCCGCCUCUGCCUCGUCUGAUCCGACUCAAAUACCCCAGACAUUGACCGCCACGUCCCUCGAAAAUGGUCAAAUUCUCAUCCACGAUGUCUCUCCUUACCUCCAUUCUCUCUCAACUCCCGGCUACACAAUGCCUCCUAACGCGGCGAAGCCACUCAGCACGUUGCGAAUGCACAAAACGGAAGGCUAUGCGCUGGAUUGGGCGCCUUCUUCUUCUCAUCCAAAUGGGCGACUUCUGUCUGGCGAUAAUGCUGGCCAGAUCUUCAGCACCCAACGGACUGAGGGAGGUGGCUGGGUAACAGACAGUAGACCCUUUGUCGGGCACACGGAUGCGGUCGAGGAACUACAGUGGUCACCGAACGAGAAGUUUGUCUUUGCUUCAGCCAGCUCUGACGGUACGGUGAAAGUAUGGGAUAUCCGGAGUAAGAGUCGCAAACCCGCAGUGGAUGUGAAGAUCAGCAAUACCGAUGUCAACGUCAUGUCUUGGUCCCGGCAGACGUUCCAUCUACUUGCCACCGGCGCGGACGACGGCCAAUGGGCAGUGUGGGACUUGCGCCAAUGGAAACCCCAACCUGGAGCGGCUCCAGGCUCACUCCUCAAGCCUAGUCCGGUUGCCGACUUCAACUUCCACAAGAAACCGAUUACUUCGAUUGAGUGGCAUCCGACAGAUGACAGUGUGGUUGCUGUGGCUUGUGCGGACAACACCUUGACUCUGUGGGAUCUUGCUGUUGAGUUGGAUGACGAAGAAUAUGGCAAGGAGGCCGGCCUGGGACUGGGCGAAGGAGCUGAAAAGGUACCUCCGCAGUUGCUGUUCAUUCAUCACGUCGAGGAUGGGAAGGAACUACACUGGCACCCGCAGAUGCCCGGUACAGUGAUGGUGACGGGUGGGAGCGGCCUCAAUGUUUUCAAGACAAUCAGCGUGUAG